GCGAUAUAUGAAAUGGAUGCAUUAUUGCAUUUAUAAAUAGCAGGUGGGGAGUUCAGCAGUACGUAGUCACAUGAGUACACAAUCUAACGUCAUUAAAUUUCCCUAUAGUCUGUCGUAUGAAAAAAAAUUAGUACAUGCAGUGAUCAACAGGAGAGAAGAAUAUGGAACCCAAGAUCUGUGCAGUUAUUUUCCUGCUGUUGUUGAUUUUUCGAGCUGAAAGUGUCAGCUUGUCUUACGAUUUCUACCACCAAUCCUGCCCUCAGCUGGAGCAUAUUGUCCGAGCCGAGGUUGAGUCGGCCUCUGUGCUCGAUCCCACCACCCCUGCAGCCCUUCUCAGGCUCAUGUUUCAUGACUGCCAAGUUCAGGGUUGUGAUGGCUCCAUCCUUCUCGAUCCCGACGAACGCAAGGUCAAAUUCUCUGAAACUUCGUCUUCCAAGAAUUUUGGAAUCCGAAAGAAAGAAUUGAUAGAGGUCAUGAAAUCAACGGUGGAGGCUGUUUGCCCGCGAAAGGUGUCGUGUUCGGACAUCAUAGUAUUGGCCGCACAAGAAGCUGUUGCUUUAUCCGGAGGGCCCACAAUUAAUGUCCGCUUAGGCCGUAGGGAUUCUCCAAACCCUCCAAAUCUCACCCUCGUUGAUGCCUCACUUCCUUCGGCCGACACUGAUGUCGAUACUAUGCUCCGAAUCUUCGCGGCAAAGGGAAUGUCCGUACAAGAAUCCGUCGCCAUUUUAGGGGCCCACACACUGGGAACCACACACUGCGUCAACCUCAAGAGCCGUUUAUACGGGCGGCGGAAGGACAAUAAGGCUCAAAUUCCGGCGGCCGCAAAACCAGGAUUCUUAAAUGCGUUGAGAGUGCAGUGUCCCGUGGGGCCCACGGCCCAGGCAGUGGGGAUGGUCCAGAACGACCUCACCUCGGUGCUGUUCGACAACCAAUAUUUUGUGGGCUCGGCGAGUGGACUCGGCGUGCUCGAUAUCGACGCCCAGAUGCCUGUGGACCCGCGGACGAGGCCGCACGUCGAGACGUUCGCCGUUGACGUGGCGACAUUUUUCCGGGCAUUCACGUCGGCGUUUGUCAAGCUGUCACAGUCCAAUGUUCUCACGGGUGACCGAGGUGUGAUUAGGGAGAGUUGCAGAACACUGUAUUGAAGACCUGGAUGUAAAUAUAUGUAUUAUGACGAAUAUAUGUGUAAAAAUUAUAUCUCAAUUGAAAAAACAAAAAAAUGAUCAAGACUAGAAAAGAUAAAAAAGAAUAAGAGGAAAAAUGGGGAAAAAAUCAAAACUAGUCUAAUAUUUUCAGUGUUUUUCACUUUUGGUUCCAUUUGGAAUGAUGCUUUUUUAAAUUAAUCCUCCAACUUUUUAUAUUCAAUCAAAAUAAAGACAAUUGAUGUCGUAACUGUCUUUUUUGGCCCGGAAAUGACACGUCACUGAGGUGUCUUAAUAUAUUACAGUUGGUCCGUUUAACUCCUGCGUGGCGGAUGAUAUGACAAAAUAUCAAAACCAGUCUCAUAACUAUGGCGAUGUUUCAAUAUUGAUCCCAUUAUUUUUUUUUU